AUGUUCUUAAGCGAUGGAGAGCAUACCAUUCAGGCACUGCUUAAGAAGCAAUUGCACUAUUUAGUCUCGAUUACGGACGAGAUAGCUCCAGGUGCUGUGUUAAGGGUAGAAAAUUACGACCUACGGACGGCGAAUCGCGAUGUUUCCAGGGGCUCACGCCAUGGCACUGGACAGGUCGUCUUCUUAGCCGUGGGGAAGUACAGAAAGGUCGACUUUGUCGAGAUUUAUACAUCGAGGGGAGGAGAGAUUACAUCUGAAAAGGAGCAUAGGGGCGUUGAGGAUGGAACCCCCGUUCUUAAAAGAAGUCGGGCUACAUCCGAGAAAGGCGAUUAUUUGCAGGGAGGCCGACAGAAGAAGCCAAGAACAGGAUCGAUUAUAUUCAGGGACAGCCUGAAGGCUUCUGAAGAGAGGGACGAAGCCUUGUCUAUAAACUAUACUAAACAUGGAGAUGGGAACCCGACCCCAACUCGUUCUACGGUAUCAAGGAUGAGCAAGCCUACGGACACAUUGAUAUCUGGAUACGAUACCCUUUCCAUCACAACUACUGCACCCCAGGAUGUCCAGAGCAGAAACCUGCCUUCAAAUACGGAUGUGCCUGAGUAUAACCACCCGACUAAACUUCCACCUCUAGAAUCAACGUCUGAGACUGUUAUGGAUACUUCACCCGUAACCACUACACCAAAGCGACCGCCUUCGCGACAAGAUCAUUCAAAGUCCGCCUCUCUUCAACGCCCGCUGAACCUCCUUACCCUAUCGGACCUUCUCUGCCCUCAGACUCCGUUUCCAAAGCGAAACUACAUGUGCGAUGUCAUCGCAGUGAUAUCUUGGAUAUCUCCCCACGUAAUAAAACGAGCAUGCAUGCCACCAAAAAGAGACCUCCGUCUCAUAGAUCCAACGAUAAUAUCCACUAUAGACAAACGGCGGUCUACUACCUUACUCACCUCGUUACCGUCUUCCGCACCACCUAGUGCUACGGCAAAUGGGACGUUAGGGAUCUCGAUGAGCGUCUUUGUAGAUGCAGCUGAUUUUCACCCUCUAGUCGGCACCGUAGCGCUGUUUCGGUGCCUAAAAACGCAUGAAUGGGAUGGUAUUAGUUUGAAUGCAUACGAGAAAGAUUGCAAGGGAAAGGAGUGGUUCGUCACUGAGCCAAAUAGUUUGGCUACACUGGGCGCUGAUGCUUCUGCUUUAAAGCAAUGGUGGCUGGAAACCCAGGCGAGAUGGGAGGAAGCUAGGAUGACCCCUGUAUUUAACCAGGAGUAA